AUGAAGUUCUUUACAGCCUUCACAGGAGCUGCUUCGCUGAUAGCGACCGCAACCGCACAUGGCGGAGUUGAUCAGUACAUCGUGGGAGAUACAACAUAUGAAGGAUGGUCGCCCUACAACUCGGCUGCGGGUCAAAAGACAAUUCAGCGACAGUACUCAAGCUACGACCCUAUGUACAUCAAAGAUCUCUCUACAGUCAACAUCCGUUGCAACAAUAAGGGCACGCUCGGUACAGGCGUGUCAGGUACCAUUGCCGCUGGCGCAAAGUUGAAGACACACUGGAAGCAAUGGACUCACAGGCCGACUUCACUUCUCGUAUACAUGGCGAAAUGUCCAGGAUCUUGUGACAGCUUUGAUGGAGCAGGCAAAGUCUGGUUCAAGAUAUUCGAGCAGGGUCUUAUAUCUGGCACUGAAAACGCAGGAAUCUGGGCGGGUGAUGCCAUCCUUGACACUCUAUAUGCCACGGUCACUAUUCCAGCCACACUCGCAGCAGGCAACUAUCUGAUCCGCCAUGAGCUCAUCGCUGUCCAUCAGGCGAACAACCCACAGUUCUAUCCUGAAUGCGCUCAGUUCACUGUGACAGGUUCUGGCACAGCCUCCCCUCCGUCAUCUGCGCUCGUGUCUUUCCCUGGUGCAUACACCGGAACAGAACCCGGAAUUGCUUUCAACAUCGACUCUCCCGAAGCUAUGAAGGCAACCACAUACCCUAUUCCAGGCCCCGCUGUCUGGGAUGGUACGGGGAAUGCUCCUGCUCCAGCGUCGUCUGCUGCACCAACAGCUCAACCAGCAACCCCUACUACUUUGAUAACCAGCACAGCUGCUGCACCGACUGCAUCGGCUGCCCCUAUAUGCGAAGUAGCAAAGUAUGCGCAGUGUGGCGGUAUGACGUACAGUGGAUGCACGAACUGUGCGAGUGGAUCAACAUGCAAGGCGAACGGUGACUACUACAGUCAGUGUGUUUAG